CGCAGAUAUGCAGGGCGUACACAGCGAGCCCUCUCUUGGGGCAAGUACUGGCAAAAAGAACACGAGCCAAGGAAGUCACAUAACAGCAAUGACUAGGGCAUUGCAACGCGGCAGUAACUUAUGGGAGGGACGUGUGCGCAAAAUCACGGAAUGUCUGUUAAUGUUAGUUUGGAAAAAUUGGUGGAAUAUAUUGGUGCUCGCAACUAUUAUAUUCAAGUAUGUCCUUAAUUUUCUCGGAAUCUUCAGAAUGCCCUUCUCAUAUAAGCAAAUCAUAUACCCAUGCCAAAUAUUUUGUGAAGCCAUCUAUUUUAUCGAUGUAGUCAUACACAUAUUACACAACUAUUGGUCCAUAGUGCGUUUGCACAUCCGCAUCUUUAGAAGAAGUUUAUAUACACUUCUGUAUGAUAUAAUAAGUCUGCUUCCAAUCAUUCUAGCAUGUCAGUUUAUCAGUAAAUUCUAUUAUACUGGAAUAACGUGCCAAAUGUUAACCUUAAUUGGGAGAUGUUUAGUAGUCGGUCGUAUUUACAGAGUCAUUAUGUAUUUCAGAGACCUAAAUGGAGAGAUGCAAAAGUCUCGAAGGCUAUUAUUUUUACUGGAGCACACCUUAUUGGUGAUACUAGUGUUACAUGCUUCAACGUGUCUGUGGAACGCAUUGAACCAACCCGAAAGCCCUGCAAAGCCCUGGUAUAAUCUCGGAUUCCCCACCCGCGUACGUAGAGCAAGACUUACAUUUCAAAAUUAUUUGGAAUGUUGGUAUUACUCCGCCGGACGGUUUUUUAAUGUCAUCUUUGGCGAUUCCUUUCCUUGUAAUUCAUUAGAGAAAUGGUUAACAUCCUUUCUGAUGUUGUUUGGAUUUGUACUAAUGCGGUAUCAGUUUGUGGGCAUGAUUGCCUGGGAUAUGAUUGUCCAUCUCACUCGCUGGUCGCAAUUUGUUGAUCGGUAUCAUCACAUGACAAAAUAUUUGAAGUCGUGCGGUGCGCCACCGUGUCUCAUAGAACAAGCGAAGAAUUACAAAUUACAGCUUUGGCAAAUGAAGAAGGGAGUGUUGACAUCGGAUCACCUUCAGCAACUACCACAUCCAUUGCAGAUGGAGUUGAUAUUUGAUAUAAACGUUGGUCAUUUCCACCGAUCCAUACUUUUGGGAGACACGGGAGAACCGUUCAUGCGUCAAUUAGCGCUAGUGAUGCGCCAUGAAUUGUACUUGGCUGGGCAGCAGAUAUGGAAUCAGGGCGUGGUUAAGAGCGGCCUCAUCGUAAUCAAGCAAGGCGUCGUUGAGUUGCUCUCGGAUGAGGACGAUGAGAGUCCUAUAAUCGCAUUUAAGGAAGGAACAGUAUUGGGAGAGUUAAGUUUAUUCCACUCGAUACCAGCAAAAGUUAGCGUGCGAGCAGCCACUUACGUAGAAGUGCAGGUGUUACGUAGAACAGAUUUCAUGAGAGUGGUAUUAGAAAAUCCCUUGGUUCUGCACGACGUUCGCAACAAAAUAGAAAAAAGGGUUAAAAACUCACGUGCAAGACAGGAAAGGAUUUCAGAAUACGACAGUAAUGAUUCUAGAUUGAUUCGAACUCGAUAUCGUCCCAUGAAAGUGUUCCAGGACCACUUGGCUGGCGUGAAAGAUGAGGAUCCCACAUUUGUUGAUGACUCACACUUGUAUUACAGAGAUAAAAACAACCAGAGGCUACCGAAAUUUACUGAUGAAUAUUUAGAGCUGUAUAAAUUGUGCAAUAACGUGACGACUGUCGAUUCACCCCGUAUUGUUCUCAACUCCAACUUCCCCUGGAUUCUCGAGGCUGAUACAGAUUUAGUUCAUGCGUUUGACGUGGUUCACUUCUUCAUGGUCCUGUAUGUUUGCAUUACGUCGCCUCUCCGUGCGAUCGGAUUUUCGACCUCGGAAACGCAGAAGGUUAUUGACAUCAUCAUUAUGGCUGGCUUGUUGUUAAACAUCUACAGGCAGCUGACCACUUGUAUUGUCAAAAAGAAUAUGAGGAAGGUAACCGUGAAAGAGAUAGCAGAAGAAAAAAUGUCUUCGCUUGGGUUUUACAUGGACAUAAUAUCUGUUUUCCCCAUGUACAUUUUCAUUGAAACCUUGUUUCCUGACCGUGACUCGAUGUGGGUGGAGGCCUCAGAACUGUUUCCCGUACUGCAAAUUUGGCACUUAUGGGAUUAUUGUUCCAAAUGGCAAAGGAAUUUUGAUAGUAACACUAAGCUUCUUAUAGUACUUAGAUUCGCUAUUAUGCAAUCUAUAUUCUGUUAUUGGUCUGGAGCCUUUUUAUACAUGUAUUCAUGUCCUAAAAGACAAUGUCAUAAAAGCUCGUGGAUGGCCCAGUUGAUUCUCUUGGAAACAAAGGUUUUUGUGACGAACCAUGCUCAACACGAACACCCUAUUACAACGUCACUCGGUUUUGGUACAGCGGUAUUUACUGGCAGUGGUAUUGGUGAAUUGGCACCGGGCACUUAUGAUCUUUGGGUGGUGGUAAUUCUAUUUGUUGUAGGUGCUUAUAUGCAAAUAUUUUACAUUGCAAGAAUUUGUGCCACGUGCCUCCUAUCGACAAAGAGGAAAUUGAUGUUUACGGAAUCUAUGAGGGAGUUGUUUUAUUUCUUGACAGUAAAUCGAGUCAGUGCAAAAAUCAAAGCCCGCGUUAAAAAAUUCUUCGGCGUACAAUGGUAUUACAACCAGGCGGUAUCGGUAGACGAGAUAUUCAAAGAUAUGUCUGUGAAUAUUCAGCAAGAAGUUUUGUGUAUAGAAAUGGUGGAAACACUUCUGCAUUGUCCACUUUUUCAGGACUGCAGUCGGGAUUUUUUACAAACCGUAGCGGGGUGUGUUACAACGGUAGUGUUGCCGGAAGACGAGAUCGUACAACAUGCUGCCGAUAUUAGCCGCGACAUGUACAUCUUGCAAAAAGGUCAUUGUAACAUGCUCAAUAAUAGUGGCAAAAUAGUUGGUUCAUUGGCGCCUGGUUCUCACUUCGGUGUUGUCGAAAUGAUGUUUUGUUUACCAAAGGUGCACACAGUCGUAACAGCAACAAACUGUGUACUUCGACACAUGGAAUAUAGUUCAUUAUUGCAGUGUUGGAGCACUUUUCCUGAAAUUAACCAGCCGAUUCUCGUGGUAUUACAGAACCCAGAGCUCUUAGAAAUGGCGGCAGAGUACGAAGAUGCCAAGCCUCUUACUGGUAGAAUAGAAGUCAAAGUAAAUCGGUUUGCGCGAGAAAUAAAGGACAGUUUCGUAAUGUUGUACAGCCCCGAAGAUAAGCGAGAUUACCAUCGAGAAUUCGACAAACUGGGAAUUCUUCGAUACAUGAGAUAUGUGUUCCUGCCGAUAUCCAUCACGCCGUACGGGAUUUUCCUUAAGUGCUGGUCGGGACUCCGCUUUCUCAUCGCGCUCUACUACAUGUUUAUUAUCCCGUACAAUAUUGCUAUUCAACGGCAUCGAUUCAAUUCGAAGUACAUUUACUCGGAUAUAUUUCUAUAUUUUGACUUAAUAGUGAUGUCGUAUGUGGGAUAUUACGAUGACAAGUGUCUCCUCGUGAAGCAUCCUCUCUUCACAGUAUCACGAUAUAUAAAGACGACAUUUUUUUGGGAUGUAAUUGCUGUAUUCCCUUUCGAGCAAUUAUUCAGAAUUGUGAACGAGUCAGUGGAUUUAGAUCUAUUCCGCCUUAACAGGAUCUGUCUGGUGACCAGGCUUACAGGAGCCUUUACAUACUGGGAAAGCAACAUAAUGAAUAUAAAUCCAGCUGUAGUGAUGUUUAAAUUUCUUCCUUUAGCAAUGACAUUUGUAAAUUUCAUGACGGCGUUCAUAUUUAUGAACUCGUGUAAAUCGUUCAUGAAACUUGUUAACGACACAAAUAUACCUACUCACUAUAUUUAUGUCAAUUGUAGUAAAACUUUGAUUAUGUCUACCGCUGAGAAAAAUGUUCAAGCAGUUGCAUUGAACGAGUAUGUGUAUACGGGAUUUUGGGUGGUUAUAUUGUUUAUGGGAUGUGGGUGUGCUCCAAUACUGUUGACAGGGGCGAGUGACGCACUGAUGGUGAUGCUGGUGCAGAUAGUCGGUCUGUUGUAUUUUGCGUUUAUGGUCGGAUAUAUGAUCUCCUUACGCUCCGCCUCUGCGCAUGCAUUGCUUGAACAUACUGUAAGUAAUUGUAUACCCAGGGAGUCAGACUUGGAACAAGAAGAAGAUUCAGAACAUGAUUCAAUAAGUGGAUUUGAAAUGCAAAUGGAACCGCACGUUCAAUUACAAAGGUCGUUCACAGACAUGAGCAUGGCUAAGUCCCACUCUAGCGUCGGGACCUACCAAAGCUACUUGCACGUGCACAAUCUGAUAAGACCCGGAUCUUGGCUUUAUCAGGGCUUCGGUUAUUUGUGCUGCUUAAUGGCGACUAUAAAUUAUGUCCUGGUGUCCUACCAGAUAGUGACACUGAACGAUUGUAAAAUCUUAUUCUGGAUGCAAGGGGCCCUUGAUAUCUUCUUUUAUGUCAAAAUUUAUUUGAAUAUCCAUCAGGCGUUCGUAAAUAAACGUGGAGUAAUAGUGGUUGACCCAAACAAGUGCCGACGACAAUAUUGCAAACGGAAAUGGUGGAUGUGGUCGGAUAUCUUGACAAACACGCCCUUCGAGCUCUUAGGUUUCGCUUUUCCAAAUUGUCCGAGAGCCAUGCAUUAUUUGCGCUGCACCAAGUUGUUGAGACUGAAAUAUCUUGUAGAAUUUUACAAGAAGACUUCAGCCGAGCUCACAAAUAAUUUAACUAUUUUACAGGCCAUGACGACACUGUUCGUGGUAAUCCUACUGGUGCACACAUUGACUUGCGUGUGGCUUCUUGUGCUAAUGGCUAACUCACCAAUUUGCUUCCUCCGCCGCGUCAAAAUGUACCUUUUCGAUAACAAAGACCUUCCACAUCAUCGCUGGGAUUACACCACGUCCUUCUACGUGAUAGUGUCAGAACUGACAGGGACAGGGGGCGAUGAGUUCGUCAUAGAGGAAAUUAAGGCAUUCGUCAUACUAAGUCUGUCUGUGGUGUGCGGUAAAAUGCUAGCAGCUAUGAUCGUUGCGACUUGCAUCCAGCUAUCUUAUUCUGCUAAAAGUGCCCUUAUUAAUUACGAGAGAAAUGUUGGGGAAUUAGUAGAUGUUUUAAGAAACCAAGGAUUAUCGAACUAUCAGCUGAAAAAAUACUGGAUGUACAUUAAGCAGCUGUGGGUGUAUGAGAGAGGUCGACAAUUGCCGGUACUCCUAGCUCAAACCCCGCAUGUCCGCCGCUGUGACCUCAUGUCGGCGAUGUUCGGCCACCAUCUGCAGAACUGCUUUCUCUUUGCCGACACCGGCGAGCACUUCCUCAGGCAACUCACUGCUGUGCUCACUUAUACCACAUUCUUUCCUGGUAACUACAUAGUAGCAGCAGGCGACAGUGAGGCCUGCAUGUACUGGGUUACACAGGGAACAGUAUCGGUAUUGUCAGUGCGUACGGAUUUGACCGAAACAACUCACGAACUCCUUGGUCCGGGUGAUGUGUUUGGGAUACUGCAGGGUCUCACAAGAGGCAUAAUGCAUUGCUUCUCUUAUCGGGCCGAGACUAAAGUUGGUAUUUUAACACUAUGUUUGGAUGCUUGGAUCAACAUUCUGCCAUACUUCCCGCAGGCCCAAAAUAUUAUCAAUGCCAGGUCUGAAGUGUUAUAUGCGCAAUUUUGAUUUCGAGUACUAUUUACAUAAGUAUUGUAGCAUGUAUUGCAUUUACGAAUUAGACAAAUAAAAUGAUGUUUUUUAUUUCUCAUAUUUGCGGUGUAACUAUAUUUUUAUAUUAUUAAGUAUUGUAAUAGUAUUUUUCUGUAUCACCUAAUAUAUUUUACC